AUGUCCAAGGAAGCUACACCAGGGACUCUAGAUAAUGGUAAGUCGCCAUCGGCACCAGGUACAGCAUCAACGACAACUUCAAUAACCCAAGUCUCGCGCCCAUUUUUCACGCUACAAGAGCUAUCCUAUUUGCAUAGUCAAACCAUACCAUCUACGUUGAAACUACAAUAUGCCGGUACUAAGCAACAAAUAUAUCAAUUCUUGAACCAAGUUGUCAAAAUAUUGAAAUACCCCAUUCGAGUUUUAGCAACAACAAUGAAUUACUAUCAACGGUUUUACUUGUUUAAUAAGUUCGAUGUGGCAACUCUGUCAAUGCAAAUUGAAAAUUCACCGUACACUAUAGCCAUAAGUUGUUUAUUCCUUGCAAGUAAAGUUGAGGACUGCAUUAAGAAACUAAAAGAUAUUCAACAAGUUUGUAAUAAAUUGAGGGAUAUAAAUGAAAAUACAUUGGUUGAAAGUAAUGGAUCUGGUGUACCUUUCAUUGAUUUGCAACGUAGAAUAAUCUUGAAUACCGAGUUUAAAUUGUUACAAAUUACUAAAUUUGAUUUCAAUCUAGGGAAUAAUCCAAGUUUUGCCAUUAAUGUUGAUGAUUUACUUAUACAAUUUUGUAAAAACUUGGGUAUAAAUUACAAAAUCUCGAUGCUUUGUUGGUUGAUUAAUUACGAUAUUAUACAAACUCCAUUAAGUUUGGUGGUUCCGCCUCAUUCUAUUGCUUUGGCUAUAAUAAUCAUUGCCUUGAGCCUAAACCCCAAAGAAAUGAAUUUACAACAUCAUGAAAUUGGUGAAGAUGAUGAACAAGAAAUUACAAAGAUUAAGAAAAUCCUAAGUGAAUUGGAUUGUAAUGAUUUCCAAUGUCCAGAAGUCUUGGUAAAUGAAGCCAUACUUUACAUAUUGGACUAUUAUACGCAUCAGUAUGAUAAUAGUAUUUUGCAAGAUUACUUACCACCAAUUGAUCAAGUUACUGGUAAAAAUCAAAUUUUCAAAUUUUUGGACCUAAAGCAAAAGUUCAAUGAUGUUGAAAUCUUGAAUGAAAAAAGCUGUAAUUUCAAAUUGAAUGAAAAAGAUGGUUAUUUACAAAAUUGGGACUAUGGAGUAGCUACAAAGGGAUUGGUGAGAUUUAUGUUGAGUAAUAAGAGAUCAAGAUUUAAUAAUGAACAAGAAACGAAAGAGAAUAAGGAACAAGAUGGGAAGAGACAGAAGCUUGCUGAAUAUUAG